AUGAAUAUUCUUCCUCGACACACGCACUCAAUAGCCCUCAGCUCAAAGGAACUAGGCCCUAUCUCAAUCUUGGCACCCUUUUCGGCCCUCAUCAUCUCCGUCACCCUCGUUGUCUUCUUUCUCAUUCGUUUCUAUGUCCUCGAGGGCUUCCUCAUUCGUCGCAUCUAUGGAUCAACAUAUACAGACAUGAACGAGCUGAAUCGUCGAGGGUUCAUCAAUCACCAUAUCGCCGGUGUCACCAAAAUUGUCAUCUUGAUCGUCGCCGCAUACCCGUUCAUCAGCGUCACUUUCGGGAGAGGAAGAUUCCAGACGCCUUUCGUACAGGGCUCAUCAGUCACACUGGGCGAUAUGCUUGUCGUUGUUGCGCAGAUGUUGAUUGGAAUGUACAUCUUUGAACUCAUCUAUCGCUCGAAACUUUCGCCUGUUGCCGUUUUGCACCAUAUCGGGACGAUCCUCAUUGGCCAGUCGGCUAUUGCGAUCAGUUUGAGAGAAGUCCGUGAGCCGGACGCUUACAUUGAGUUUAUUCUCUGUACUGUGUGGGGCGCCUUCGACAUCAUCUCUGAAUUCUUUCCUCAUGUCGCUAUCAUCCUCUACCGCGUCUUUCCCGACCGCCAUCGCUUCCUCAGUCGGGUCUUUCUUCUAUCUUGCUUCACGACUGCAACGGGCACCCUGUGCGAGACCAUCGUGACAAUGUGGCUGUUUGGCAGUCUGUGGGACCGAUGGCGCCUGGCGUUCAAGGUGGUAACUCCACUUUUACACAUUGCGUUCUCUGCAGCGCAAAUACACGGAAGCCUUGUAUUUUGGCGGAUGUACCGCCGUCAACAGCAGUUUAUGAAAGAGGAAGAGGGCGAUGUGGAGGACAAAGAAGGUGUCGAGAUGAGCAAGUAUUUGGCGGACGAGGCUGAGAGGAGAAAACAGCAUAAUGGGGAUGAUAUUAACCCCAGUCUUUUCACUGUUGACUCAGGGGCUCCUAUCAUUUCGGUCAUUUCACGGUGA